AUGGCCCCCAAACUUUUCAUCUCCCUUAUUCUGUUUUCCCUCCUCUCUUUCUCCUCCUGUCUCUCCAACGAUUCCGUCUCCAAAGCCGUCGAAAUACUCUCGAAUUCUGGCUUCCUUUCGAUGGCUCUCACCCUUGAAUUCGGCUCCAAGAACUUGAUCCCUCGCUCUGAAUCCCUCACCAUCUUCACCCCUUCCGACUCCACCUUCGCUUCAUUCGGCCAACCGUCUCUUUCCCUCCUGAAAUUUCACUUUUCUCCCCAAUCGUUGACCUCCCAGUCCCUCAAAUCCCUCCCUUUUAACUCCAAGAUUCCAACUUUCUCCCCUUACCACACUCUCCUCAUUACUUCACCGCCUUCUCGUGAUCAGGGUUCCGUUUUGCUUAAUGGCGUCAAGGUUAACGCCAGCUCAGUGAUAUACGACGACGGGUGGUUGAGAAUCUUUGGGAUUGAGAAGUUCUUUGAUCCACACUUUCGUGCCUCUCCAAGGCCUAAUCUUGAUUGUGUAGCAUCGGCACGUGAUGACGAUGAAGAUGACGGCGAUGGCUCGAUGAGUUUCGAUGAAGCUAUUCACGAAAUGAAAGAGAAAGGGUACUCAAUUAUGGCUUCAUUUCUUGAAUUGCAAAUGGGGACGACAAAGGAGUCAACUUUGCUGACUCUGUUCGCUCCUCCGGAUGAGAAAAUGGAGGGUUAUUUUAGUAAUUUCAGUGAUUAUUCAUCGGUCUUUCUCCGGCACGUGGUGCCAUGCAAGAUGCCGUGGUCGGUUCUGAUUGAUUUGGAUUAUCCAGCGGCGGUGCCCACAUUCUUGGAAGCGUAUAAAAUUACUGUCACAUUGAGGCAGGAUCAGGAGGGCUUGUUGAUGGGCGUGGGGAAGCAUGAAGAUAGAGCUAGUAUUCACCCUCCAUUCGAUGCUUCAUCAGUUUCAGUUAUUGCUUGUGUCAAAAUGUUACAAGAGAUGGAAGGUGUUAACAUUAAUCAAUCCAUGAGCAAAUUUUUCUUUAAGGCAGUUGAGAUGUUUCAGAUCCCUGAAUGGCGAGAGGCUUUUGUGGCUAUGACGGUUGAUCAACGAUUGCAAGGGCUGAAUAAUUUGUAA